UCUGAGUCAUCAGUCGCUGAUAACCGUAAUUUUUAUACGGCAAACUCGAAAUUAUAGUGCAGAGUCUCGUAGUAAUAACGCAUCGAUCCAAAGUACAUAUUUGAAGCCGAAUGUCUCAUACUUAUUAUACCGAACUAUGGCUAAUCACAAGAAGCGAUCUGGAGAAGUUGUUGGAGUUCGAACAGAGAUUACAGGAAGGUGCACCGUUAAAGAAAAGGGUAAUUUUAAAUACGACGUUAUCUAUGUACGUGAGAUACCGGAACAUAAUCAGAAGACUUAUCCUGUGCUACGAUCAAACGGUGCAGACACAGAAGCGGAACUUAAUAAAGAAGAUAUUAGACUGCGCAAUCGGGCGGAUGUUGCAGUGUAAAAGGGAGAUCGUACGACGGGAUUACUCAGACUAUCAAUGGCCGGACGAUAUCUUGUAUCAAAUGAAGUUCACAUUGGACGAUAUAGAACUACUUGCAACGGCAUGCGGUCGGGAACGUUUGGAGGAACGCAAAAAGUUCGUUCAGGAGUUAAUCGAGAGAGUGCAGAGAGUACAAAUAAAAGAGCCCAGUCUGCCGCAGACGCCAAUCGAAAGUACGAUCGAAUUGAAGGACGAGAUGACGAAGACCCGCGCGGCGCGAAGAAAACGCGCCGUACAACCCUUCAAAGUGGAGGUGCCUCGCGAAUCGCCCGAGGAGAUAGCCGCCCGAGAGAGGAAAGCUGCAGCCGAAAAAGCCAUGCACAUGGCGAUAUUGUUGAUACAGAAUCACGAAAGAGCAAGGAGAUCACGCGUCCAUGGUGAAGACGCGAAGCGUACAUUCGAAUACAACAAAAAACUGGCAUACGGGGAAAUCAUACCGAAAAGGAUAGAUCACGCAGUAAUCAUCGAGUCGGCGAAGACGAUACAGCGCGCGUGGCGACGAUACACUGCGAAGAGAAACACGCGGAGGAGAAUCGCGCGUCUCGAGGAAAUUCUGGGUAUGACGAUACCCAGCUGGCAGUGCCGCAAAGUGUUUGCGACGGACGAGGAGAACUUCAAGCGACGACGCGCUUUGAUACCUGUGUUCGCUGAGCAGACUGAGAAAGCGAUCAGUGACGAACGUGCAAGGUUGCUGAAAAUUAGAGGACCCGGACUGAUGGAGGACAUCAUCGACGAGAUUCACGAGUGGUUCGUCACCUGGUACGACGCUGCAGGACACUACGACGUGUUUCCAGCAGCUGAGCUAGGCGGCAGCGUCCUGAUCGUGACUGGGCAGACUUUGGCACCGCAAGAGUACCUAACUGAGAAGUUGGAGAAAGAAGCGAGAAAGAAAGCCAGGAAGAAGGAAGCUCCCAAAGCUGAAACUGGGCCUGCGAAGGCUCCUGAGAAGGGCUGGAGGAUGCCGCAAACGCAGGCUCUGUCUUGCUUACUGGAAGCGAACGCCGAUUUCAUAAAAAACUGGAGUCUUCGCGACGAGACUAGGAAUCCGGAGCAGAAAGAAUACCUUGAUCUGAUCGUCGAGAAACUCUGUUACGAGCUGCAGCUCGAAAUAAGGAAGAUAGCAGACGGGUUCUUGAGAGCAGAAUUGGAGCUGUUGAAUAAGGCAUUAUUGAAGGAUCACGCGCAUGAUAAGAAAAAAUUCAUUAUCCCGACGAUGAAUGGAGAAAAGAACAAAGGUGCCGAGCCUGUCAAAAAAGUGAGGAAGAAAAAGGACGUCAUGGAUGACAUGCCCGUCGAGGAUCUGUUGUACGAACUGCUGCAAGCAGAUGUCAUCAGGGAAUAUCCGAUCGUUUCCUUGCGGGACUGGGUCGGCGAUUUCUCGUAUGGAAAUUACGAAGCACGUCGCGAAUCUCGGGAUUUCAAGCACCGACUCGGUGAGGUCAAGCAGCUUAUCUUGGAGUACUGCGUGCUGCCUUUAAUUUCCAAAGAGGCGCAUCAGGUCGCACCGCUCGUGCGCUCCGUAUGUAUCUGCGGAUUACCGCACGCCGGAAAGACUUUCCUCGCCAACGCUAUUUGUUCAGAGGUGGGCGCAUUACUUUUUGACGUGUCGCCAUCUGUGUUGGUCGGUAAAUUUGUAAGCAAGAAGGAGCAAGAAAGGCUCAUCAACAUGAUCUCCAGAGUCGCCCGCGUUUACGCUCCUUCCGUUAUCUUCCUCGACGCCGGCGAAGGACCCUGGCUAAAGAAAGUCUCGCCAGAGGAGCGUCAUCUUCGACCGAAACGAUUCACGAAGCAGUUCGUGAAAUUAAUAAAAGGCAUCGCUCCAGGUGACCAGGUACUGUUCCUUUCGUUGUCCGAACAGCCAGGAAACGCAGCACAGCCGUUCUUCAAAAUCCACGACAGAUUCAUAAUGAUACCCACCACCGACUACAAUACACUGUAUAUGUAUUACAAGGAUCUACUAAUGAAAUAUCACGGCGUCGAUCGCAAUAUUGACGUCUCCUGUUUGGCUAAGCUAUCCAUCGGAGUUCCCCUGAACUUCAUUAAGGAAGCCGUAGAGAAGAUGUUGUCGCUGCGGCGACGAAUAACUCUCAAACACAACCCGCUCAGCACGGUAGAAAUCAUGAAUGAAGUAAUGAAGUAUGAGUAUCCUACAGAAAAGACGUUGGAGGUGUUUCGUAAAAUUGAAAACCGAUUUCUACAAAGAAGGAGAAAGGCUGCAGCUAAGCAAGCAGCCCCAGAAUGAGCGCAAACGAAAGGAGGCGCUCAAAGACACCCCUCGAAGAAUAGCGCCAGUACGUACCUAUAACGUGCAAUAUGCAUCAGUCUCGAACGUGUUCCCAACCUCUGCACCCUCCCACACCUGACCUCAGCCUCAAAGCGAAGGAGGAACGCAGUAGCACCCACGCCAGUGAAG